AGCACCGUGCCACCUGCCCUCGGCAGGCCCUGACCGACACCUCUGGUAGAUGACCUUGCUCUCGGGACGGCGGGUCACGCAGUGGUGGGCCGGGGCCCUGUCUGCGCGCUGGGAAGCCGAGCACGGGAGACACGUGACCGCAGCGCCUGGUCUGGGUUGUGGGUGCGGGAAGGAGGCAUUUCGGGUUCCGGAGGAGCGUCCAGCAGGGCUGGACCGAGGGGCACAGCGGGCGGCGCUGUGACGGGGCCUUUCACACCUGCUUGUCCUCGGACUCCAGUCUGCUGGCCGCAUGGAGGCGGCCCCUGCCGCUGGAGACGGGACGGAGGAGCCGGGCCCCAGGGACGAAGGCCAGCCUGAGGCUGCUCGGCCUGACUGUCCCCCUGCAGGGCAGUCUCAGGGCCCCACGGCUCUCUGGGAGAUGGUGGAAAAGAAGUUUCUGGAAUAUCGGCAGCUGGCUCCCGGGAGCCCGGCGGAACGUCACAAGCACCUGCUGAGUCUCCUCCCACUGUUCCUGAAGGCCUGGGAACACUCCGUGGGGAUCAUCAGCUUUCCCAGUCUCCAGAGGCUGGUCGAAGAUGUUUCCCACCAGCUAGCCCAAGAAAUACAGAAGGUGCUUGUGGGAAAGCCCGCAGAGCAGGCGCGGGCGGCCGCCAGGCAGCUGCUGCGGUGGAAGGGCGACUCGGACCAGGACGGCUACCUGCUCCUGAAGGCGGUGUUCGUGCUCACCGGCGCCGACUCGGAGACGCUGGGCAGAGUGGCUGAGUCUGGGCUCCCAGCCCUGCUCCUGCAGUGUCUGUACCUCUUCUUUGUCUUCCCUCCGGACAAGGACGAGCUUUUGGAGAAUGAUGUGCAGGUCCAGAGGAUGUUCGUGCAGAUGUUGCUCAACAUCUGCAGUGAGUCUCCGGGGCUGGAGGGACUCCUCUCCGGGAAUGAGCUGCAGUCGUUACUCAUCGCUACGACCUGUUUUCGGGAGCACAGCUGCUGCUUUUGGAAGGAGCCUACCUUCUGUGUGCUGAGGGCCAUCUCCAAGGCCCAGCACCUCGGCAUCAUCCAGUACCUGCAGACCACGGACUGUGUCAAGAUGUCCCUCCAGAACCUGUCCCGGCUGGCGGACGCUCUCCCUGCCCCCGAGCUGAGUGAGGCCCUGAGCCUCAUCUUGGGCUUCGUGAAGGACUCCUACCCUGUCUCCCCGGCUCUGCUCCUGGAGUUUGAGAGCGGGGAGGGCUACCCGCUGCUGCUCCAGGUGUUCCUCCGGUACGACGGGCUGAGCCUGAGCGGAGAGGACCCCCACUUGGAGGAGCUCCUGGGGCUGGUGGUGUGGCUGACGACCUGCGGGAGGUCGGAGCUGAAGGUGUUUGACAGCGUCACCUACCCCCAGCUGGAGGGCUUCAAGUUCCACGACGAGGCUUCCGGGGUGACCGUUAAGAAUCUGCAGGCCUUCCAAGUCCUGCAGAAUGUUUUCCACAAAGCCAGCGACCCCAUCCUCUGCACGAAAAUCCUGUCGGCCGUCAGGGCCAUGUGGGCCUGGAACGCGCGCAACUUCUUCCUGCUGGAGUGGACGCUGCAACCGAUCUCGAAGUUCGUGGAGAUCGUGCCCCAGAAGCCGGCCCAAGUGCAGAAGCAUUUCUUCCGGCUGCUGGAGGCUCUGGUGUUCGAGCUGCACUAUGUGCCCCACGAGAUCCUGGCGAAGGUGCAGCGGCUGAUCAAGGACAGCCCCGAGCCGCCCUGCACCCUCGUGGCCCUGCAGAGCGUCCUCAGGAUAGCGGGUGCAGACCCCCUCUUCACAGACAUCUUCCGGGACUCGGGGCUCCUGGGCCUGCUGCUAGCCCAGCUCCGGAAGCGGGCCAAGGUCUUGAGGAAGACAGGGAACCAAGCGUCCACGCUGGGUGUCCAGGACCCAGAGGGAGAGCUGACCGGCGUGAUGCUGGAAACAGUCGUCUCGCUGCUGCAAGGCUCGGUUCGGAACGCGGUUGUCCUGAAAGACCAUGGCAUGGUGCCCUUCAUCAAGAUCUUCCUGGACAGCGAGUGGUACCGGGCGGCCUCCCUCCGCAUCCUAGAGCAGCUCUCAGUGGUCAAUGCUGAGGAGUACAUGAGCAUCAUCGUGGGCGCUCUAUGCUCGUCCACGCAAGGGGAGCUGCGGCUGAAACUGGAUCUCCUAAAGUCUCUGCUCCGGAUCCUGGAGACCCCCAAAGGCCGUGCCGCUUUCAGAGUCUCCAGUGGGUUCAACGGGCUGCUGUCCCUGCUCUCUGACCUGGAGGGCUCUCUGCAGGAGCCCCCGCUGCCACUGUGGGGGGCAGUGGCCCCCAGCCAGACCCUGGACCUGGUCCUGCACACCCUCGGUGCUGUGUCUGCAGCGCUGCACCUGGACCCUGUCAACGGCUACUUCUUCAGGAGGAACGGGCUUUUCGAGAAGCUGGCUGAGGACCUCGGCUUGCUGGGCUGUUUUGGGGCCCCAGAGGAAGAAGGAGCCCCUCUGCCCUCCUGGGAGAUCACGAAGGCCAGGCCAUUUGCUGACUUAGUGAGUGUGGCCUUCUCCUCUGCCAGCCCAUUGCCACCCAAGAUACAGAGCUGUCUGCAGAUCCUCAGCUUCCUGGACAGCAUGGCCAGCGGCUCCCUCCACCUGCGCAUGGACCUGAAGGUGUCGCCAAGAGCCAGGCAGGAAGCAGCUGUGGAUGCCCAGAAGGCAGGAGCUGGCAGUGACCCCCAAGGCGACUUUGAGCAGUGGCCAGACCUGGAGGAGAGGGUGGAUGAAGGUGAAGCUGUGAUCAUGCACCCUGGGGUCCUGUGCAUCGUGGUCAGGCUGCUGCCUCGGCUGUACCAGGAAGACCACCCCCAGCUUUCCAGGGAGAUCCAGUGCUCCGUGGCCAACCACAUCCAGUCCCUGGUGAAGUCGGAGAAGAACCGUCAGAUCAUGUGUGAGGCGGGGAUGCUCAGGACCCUCAUGACCUCCUGCCACCAGGCCCUGGCCACCGGCAGCGGCUCCCUGCACUGCAGCCUCAUCAGGAUCUUUGAAAAGCUCGCUUCUCAGGCUAUUGAACCGGACGUGUUAAGACAGUUUCUAGGUCUCGGGGCACCCUCACCUCCGUCAGCUGUGACGAAAGUCCCCAGUUCAUCCCUUGGGCACGGAGGGACCUCCGGAUGCUCAGGGUCCCAGGCAGGGGCCCCAGCGCCCACCCAGGGUGCUGCCGGAGCCGGCCGGGAUGCCAGCCCGUGGCCAGCAGUGACACAGGCCCCAGGGCCCUCGGGGCUGUCCCCGGGCUUCACCCCUGCCCUCCAGACAGCCCUGAGCCUCAUCUCCAUGACCUCCCCGCGCAACCUGCAGCCUCAGAGGGCCGCCCUGGCCCCGUCGUUCGUGGAGUUCGACAUGUCCGCGGAAGGCUAUGGGUGCGUGUUUGUCCCGACCCUGUCCACGGUCAUGGGGGCCAGCACCGAGUACUCGGUCUCCGGAGGCAUCGGGACAGGCGCUGCCAGGACCUUCCCUCCGCCCGGGGGCUUGACUUUCUCCUGCUGGUUCCUCAUCAGCAGGCACAGUGCGGUCGCCGAGGGCCACCCACUGCGCUUCCUGACCCUGGUGCGCCACCUGGCCAGGACCGAGCAGCCCUUCGUCUGCUUCUCCGUCAGCCUCUGCCCGGACGAUCUCUCCUUGGUGGUGUCCACGGAGGAGAAGGAGUUUCAGCCUCUGGAUGUCAUGGAGCCCGAGGAUGACGUGGAGCCCUCUGCCGGACGCCAGCUUCGGGUCAGGUGUGGCCAGCUGCUGGCCUGUGGUCAGUGGCAUCACCUGGCUGUGGUUGUCACCAGGGAAAUAAAAAGGAGUUGUACUGUUUCCACCUAUCUGGACGGACAGGCCAUUGGCUCAGCCAAGAUGUUAUACAUCCAGGCCUUACCGGGACCUUUCCUUUCGAUGGACCCGUCGUCGUUCGUGGAUGUUUACGGGUACAUCGCGACCCCGCGCAUCUGGAGACAGAGGUCGUCGUUAGUGUGGCGCCUGGGCCCCUCCUACCUCUUGGAGGAAGCCAUGUCAGUGGAAGCUCUGGACGUUAUCAACAAGCUUGGCCCAAGAUACUGCGGUAACUUCCAAGCUGUGCCUGCCCAAGGAGCAGAGCCUGGGACAGAGCCGGUGGCCCUGGUUGCAGAGGAAAGGGUCUCCUUUGGCCUUCACGUAGCCAGCUCCUCCACCACCAGUAUUGUGGACAUCAGAAGCACGUACAACGAAGUGGACAGCCGCCUGGUGGCCAAAGAGAUGAACAUUUCCUCCCGCGACAAUGCCACGCCUGUGUUCUUGCUGAGAAAUUGCGCCAGCCACCUCUCGGGCCCCCUCCGCACCAUUGGAGCCGUGGCUGUUGGCCAAUUGGGGGUCAGGGUGUUCCACUCCAGUCCUGCUGCCAGCAGCCUGGACGUCAUCGGCGGGCCGGCCAUCCUCCUGGGCCUCAUUUCCUUAGCGACAGAUGACCACACCAUGUACGCGGCUGUGAAGGUCCUGCACUUGGUCCUGACCAGCAGUGCCGGGAGCGGCCACCUGAUGCAGCACAUCUCCGGGUAUCAGGUGCUGGCGCUUCUCCUGCGGAGAAAGACCUCUCUGCUCAACCAUCGCGUCUUCCAGCUGAUCCUCUCCAUCGCGGGCACUGCCGAGCUGGGCUUCGGGUCAUCCGCUGUUACUAACGUGGGAGUCUUUCAGCACAUCCUCUGCAACUUUGAGCUCUGGAUGAACGCCGCGGACAGCCUGGAGCUCUCCCUCUUCUCCCAUCUGGCGGAAAUCCUGCGAUCCCCCAGGGACGGAGCCCGGAAUGCCGAAGUUGCCCACCAGGCACAGCUCAUCCCCAGGCUCGUCUUCCUCUUCAGUGAGCCGGGCCUCGCCCCCUCCAAGAUCCCCACCGUCAUUGCCGUCCUGGGCUGUCAGCUGAGGGGCCACUUCAAUGUCCAGGACUUGCUCAGGGUGGCGCUGUUCGUUGUGUAUACCCUCAAGCCUGCAUCGGUGGACGAGAGGCAGAUCUGCAUGGAUGAGACCCCAGGGCCCUCUGUGCCGGCUGGAAGCCAAACAUCUGGAAAGACAAUCUGGCUCAGAAACCAACUGCUGGAGAUGCUGCUCGGUGUGAUGUCUUCCUCCCAGCUUCAUCUCUCCUCUGAGACGAAGGAGGAGGUCUUCCUGAGCCUGGGGCCUGACUGGUUUCUGCUGCUCGUGCAGGGCCACCUGCACCCCACCACCACGGUGCUGGGGUGGAAGCUGCUGCUACACUUCCUGUCCCUGCCAUCCCUGCGCGGCCGAUUCAAAGACGGCCUGAGUGCGGGGGCCUGGGUGGAGCGCAGCGCCGAAGGCCUGGACAUCUUGAUGGAUAACUUGAAGAGCCAGCUCCCCACGCCUGAGCACAGCCCCUGCCUGCUCCCUGGGUUCCGCGUCUUGACCAGCUUUCUGGCCCACCAUGUCCACAUCCCGGAGAUCUACCUCAUCGUGUCCGCCUUCUUCCUGCAGACGCCGCUCACAGAGCUGACGGCUGGACCCAAAGACAGCCUGGACGCCAUGCUGCAGGGGCUGCUGCAGGAGCAUUGCACAGAGGAGGUGCAACGGGCUGGGCUGUGCACCGAGGGCGCCCUGCUGCUCCUGGCAAUGCUGAAGGCCACCAUGAGCCAGCCCUCGGCAGGUGGAGACGAGGACGCCUGGGAGCGGACCUUCCCGGCCAGCGCUCUGCAGUUCCUCGGCCUGGUGCACAGCACCUACCCCCAGGAUCCGGCCUGGCGGACGCCGGAGUUCCUCCAGACCUUGGCCACCAUCGUCUUCCCGCUGAGCACCCCCAAGGGGGCCACGGCUGAGCCUGCCGAGAAUGCCAGCAGCCCUGGGGCCGAGGCCGACAGUGACAGCGUUGAGGAGGGUCUGCAGACUCCUGCCAAGUCCCACCCCACACGGAAGCAGCUGAGGGUGUUCAUGCAGCUCCUCCUGAGGGAGCUUUUGCUUGCACCUCCCAGCCCCAAGCAGUGGCUGCCCCUGGAGGUGCUGCUGGAGGCUUCUCCAGACAAUGCCACCGGCCAGCAGAGGCGGGACUUCCAGUCCGAGGUCCUGCUGUCCACCAUGGAAGUAUUUCACGUAGUGAGUGCAGGUGAUGCGUCGGUGCUCAGAGGCAGUCAAGAGCCUCAGCCAAGCACAGAAGCUGCUGCUGCUCCUUUACUCACGAACAUCUCCCACUUCACCCAGAAGCUGGUAGAGAAGCUGUACAGUGGAAUGUUCUCAGCAGACCCUAGACACAUCCUUCUCUUCAUCACAGAGCACAUCAUAGUGGUCAUCGAGAAUCCCUCUUCACAGAGGGCCACUGUCAUCACUGCUCUGUACAGCAGCUUAAAUAAAGUCAUCCUGCAUUGCCUCUCCAAGCCCCAGCAGUCCCUCUCGGAGUGCCUCAGCCUCCUCCGCACCCUGGACUUUCUGCAGGAGCACUGGGACAUCGUCUUCGCCACCUACAACUCCAACUCCAGCUUCCUGCUGUGCCUCAUGCACUGUCUGCUCCUGCUCAGUGAGAAGAGUUACCCAGAAGGCUUCGGAUUGGACCCUAAGCCUAGAGUGACUCCUUAUCAUCAAGUGUUUCUUUCUCCGAAUGAAGAAGUGAGAGAAAAAAGAGUGGACAACCUCCCAAGUCUGAGUGACGUCCAACGCAGCAUCCAGGGCGCCGUGCACACCCUCUGGCAGCAGCUCGUGGCACAGAGGCGGCAGGAGCUGGAGGACACCUUCAAGAUUGAUCUCUCUGUGAAGCCUGGGGACAGAGAAGUGAAGCUUGGAGAAGUCACCCCCCUCUGGGAGGAGAUGAUGCUCAAGGCCUGGCAGCAUUACCUAGCAUCUGAGAAGAAAUCUCUGGCCAGUCGCUCGAGUGCCGGUCACCACAGCAGAGUCACGUCGUGGAGCGAGAGCUUGUCCUCGGCCAUGAGGCUGAUCCCUGGGCGGCAGGCCAAGGACCCCGAGUGCAAGACAGAGGAUUUUGUGUCGUGUGUCGAGAGCUACAGAAGAAGAGGGCAGGAGCUCUACGCCUCUCUACACAAAGAUCACGUUCAGAGGCGGAGAUGUGGUGAUGUCCGGGCAGCCAAAGCCUGGGCCAGGAUCCAGGAGCAGCUUUUCGGGGAGCUGGGCUUGUGGGGCCAGGCAGCAGAAGCCACGCCCUGCGCCCGGUGGGAACUGGACUGGAGAGAGGGACCCGCGCGCAUGAGGACACGCCUCAGACGCUUGUCCCCACCCGAGGCCCCGCAUGCAGGAAGGCUCGAGGGAAGCCAAGACCGAAAUGGUGAUAUUUCUCAAACAAAUGCUGAAAACAAAGGCGAGCUGACUCCGCAGGCAGCGGAGGACCCAAGGGACGAGGCGGCAGCAGACUGCACCCAGCUGACCUUCUUCCCGGCCCUGCACGAGAGUCAGCACUCCGAAGACUUCUUGGAACUGUGUCGGGAAAGACAAGUUAUUUUGCAGGAGCUUCUUGAUCAUGAGAAGGUGACACAGAAGUUCUCCCUGGUGAUCGUGCAGGGCCACCUCAUCUCGGAAGGGCUCCUGCUGCUCGGCCACCAGCACUUCUACGUCUGCGAGAACUUCACGCUCUCCCCCGUGGGGGAUGUCUACUGCACCCGCCACUGCCUGUCCAACGUCAGCGAUCCAUUCAUUUUCAACCUGUGCAGCAAGGACAGGUCCUCCGACCACUACUCGUGCCAGCGCCACAGCUACGCUGACCUCAGGGAGCUCCGGCUGGCACGCUUUCUCCUGCAGGACAUUGCUCUGGAGAUCUUUCUACGAAAUGGAUGUUCCAAGUUUUUUGUCUUCCACAACAGCGAUCGGAGUAAGGUCUUCAAAAGCUUCUGCUCUUUCCAGCCCAGCUUGAAGGGGAAAAGCGCCGCAGAGGAACCGCUCACCACGAGGAGAUCCCCCGGCAUCGACAGGACCGUGCUGCAGAAGUGGCAGAAAAGGGACAUCAGCAAUUUUGAGUAUCUCAUGUACCUCAACACCCUGGCCGGGAGGACCUACAACGACUACAUGCAGUAUCCGGUGUUUCCCUGGGUCCUGGCGGACUAUACGUCACAGACCCUGAACUUGACAAGUCCCAGGACUUUUCGGGAUCUUUCGAAGCCCAUGGGAGCCCAGACCAAGGAAAGAAAGCUGAAGUUUAUCCAGAGGUUUAGAGAAGUCGAGAAGACUGAAGGGGACAUGACCGUCCAGUGCCACUACUGCACACACUACUCCUCAGCCAUCAUCGUCGCCUCCUACCUGGUCCGGAUGCCGCCCUUUACCCAGGCCUUCUGCUCCCUGCAGGGUGGGAGCUUCGACGUGGCCGACAGGAUGUUCCACAGUGUGAAGAACGCGUGGGAGUCGGCCUCCAGGGAGAACAUGAGUGACGUCAGGGAGCUGACCCCCGAGUUCUUCUACCUGCCCGAGUUCCUGACCAACUGCAACGCCGUGGAGUUCGGCUGCAUGCAGGACGGGACAGCACUGGGGGACGUGCAGCUCCCACCCUGGGCUGAUGGGGACCCUGGAAAAUUCAUCAGCCUGCACAGACAGGCUUUGGAAAGUGACUUCGUCAGUGCCAACCUCCACCACUGGAUAGACCUCAUUUUUGGGUACAAGCAGCAGGGGUCAGCUGCAGUGGAGGCUGUUAAUACCUUCCACCCCUACUUCUAUGGCGACAAAAUGGACCUCAGCAGCAUCGGGGACCCCCUGAUCAGGAACACCGUCUUGGGAUUUGUCAGCAACUUCGGGCAGGUGCCCAAACAGCUCCUUACGAAACCCCACCCGGCCAGGACCCCUGCGGGGAAGCCUUCCCCUGGAAAGGACGCCCCCACACCUGCCAGCCUGCCCGGCCGCCCGCAGCCCUUUCUCCACAGCCUGCAGGCGCUGCGGCCCUCCCAGGUCACGGUCAGAGAUAUGUACCUUUUCUCUCUAGGCUCAGAGUCCCCCAAAGGAGCCAUCGGCCACAUCGUGCCCACAGAGAAGACCAUCCUGGCCGUGGAGAGGAACAAGGUGCUGCUGCCCCCCCACUGGAACUGGACCUUCAGCUGGGGCUUCAACGACCUGAGCUGCUGCCUGGGCAGCUACGGCUCGGACAAGGUCCUGAUGACGUUCGAGAACCUGGCUGCCUGGGGCCGCUGUCUGUGUGCUGUGUGUCCGUCCCCCGGCACCAUCGUCACCUCCGGCGCCAGCACCGUGGUGUGCGUGUGGGAGCUCAGCAUGGCCAAGGGCCGCCCCAGAGGCCUGCACCUCAAGCAGGCCUUGUACGGACACACACAGGCUGUCACAUGCCUGGCAGCAUCAGUCCCCUUCAGCAUCCUGGUGAGUGGCUCCCAAGAUGGCACCUGCAUCCUGUGGGACCUGGACCAGCUCACCCACGUGGCCCGCCUGCCUGCCCACCCGGAGGGCAUCUCUGCCACGGCCAUCAGCGACAUCUCGGGCACCAUUGUAUCCUGUGCCGGAGCCCACUUGUCCCUGUGGAAUGUCAAUGGACAGCCCUUGGCCAGCAUCACCACGGCCGGCGGCCCAGACAGCGCCAUCACCUGCUGCUGCAUAGUGGAGGGGCUCGUGUGGGACGCAAGCCACGUCGUCAUCACAGGGAGCCGAGGCGGCAUGGUCCAGAUUUGGAAGACUGAGGACAUGAAGAUUUCUGCUCCUGGGCAGGUGACACCCGACGAGCCCUCAGCUCAGCCUGGCAGCCUGAGAGGUCGCAGGUGGGAGAAGAAUCUUGCCCUGUGCAGAGAGCUGGACGUCAGCGUUGCUUUGACAGGGAAGCCCAGCAAGGCCAGCCCUGCAGUGACCGCUCUGGCUAUGUCCAGAAACCAGACCAAACUCCUGGUAGGCGACGAGAAGGGGAGAAUGUUCUGCUGGUCUGCAGAAGGGUAGGAAGGAAGACGUGGAGGCCGGGCGAGCAGCCGGAGGCAGC